UCGCUUGACCCGACCCGGAGGCUCAUAAACCCGAACAAUUGGAUUAGACGAGUGUGAAGUCCACACCUACCCUCGCUUAAAGCUUGAAGAGUCUUUGAUCGACUGCUAAGAAUUUGUUGAGAAUUUUGAGGGAUGGGUUGGCUGACAAGAUCCCUAGCAGCUGUGGCUUUCUUGGCCAUCGGAGUUAUUUUCUCGCCGGAGACUUUCGGAUCGAAAUCGGACGGUCCGAAGUCGCCGGCACUCUCCACCUACCUGAAGCUGGCUCAUCUGCUCAGCUUCGCCACCGCGUUCGGCGCCGCUCUCUGGGUCACCUUCAUCGGCGGCAUCAUCAUGUUCAAGAAUCUCCCGAGGCAUCAGUUCGGUAAUCUGCAGAGCAAGAUGUUUCCGGCUUAUUUCACCAUGGUGGGGAUUUGCUGUGCCAUUUCAGUAGCUUCGUUCGGGUAUUUGCAUCCAUGGAGCUCUUCCACUGUGGCAGACAAGUACCAGCUCGGCUUUUUGAUCUCUUCCUUGGCCUUCAAUCUCACCAAUUUGUUCGUCUUCACACCCAUGACUAUUGAGAUGAUGAAGCAGAGGCAUAAGAUAGAGAAGGAACAGAACAUUGGGGAAGAAGUUGGAUGGUCCAAGAAUGUGCAAGUUGCAAAGGUGAACCCGAAACUAGCAGCCAUGAAUAAGAAGUUCGGGAUGAUUCACGGGCUAUCUUCUCUCGCCAAUAUUAUGGCCUUUGGCAGCCUUGCCAUGCACACAUGGUACUUGGCAGGUAAACUUGAUCUGUAAUUCAUAGACAGAACCCAAGUUCCCCUUCAUUUGGGGAUGGGGGAAUGAAAUGUUCUGGUCUCUUGUUGAACUAUGGAUUCUGUCCGUCAAACAAGGGCCUAAUGUCUUAUUCUCUGCUUGAAUGUUAUGUGUACAAGACUACACUUUUAUCAUGCUCAUAAUUUCAUAAGACUUGAUCAUCGGAUGUAUGACUUCUAAAUGAAGAUGAUUUACUCCUGUUGUUCUUCCCUUGCAUGUCUCAUUCAAAACAAAGCUUUUUCUGCAAUGAAAAUCAAUGAAUGUAUAAUAUUAAGAUUUCAGAGGUUGUGCUUUUCUAUUU